AUGACUCCAUCCAUUCUCGUUUCUCUUCUUCAUCAAAUCUGGUUAAACGAAGAAGAACAAAGACAUAAGAAAUCAUUCGAUUUACCGAAGAGACAAAAGGUUGAACGAUCCACAGAUUCAUUUCUAACACCAGAACAAUGUAUCCUGUUAGGUGGUCUAUUGGUGAAUUGGAUUAUCGAACAACAACUUCAGCGAACAAUCCAUUGUGCUGAUCAAGAACGACGGGAAGAUUUCGUGAAAGAAGUGUCCAACACUCCACAUGUGAAUUGGAUUCCCUCGGAACAUGUUCCAUGGUUGAUUUUAGAAUUAGAAAUGAAUAUCACUAUUCGAGAAGUUCAAGUCGAUGUUGCGCGUCAUAUGAUCGAUCCGAGUCGAUCGGAUGCUAAAGAUAGUCAAGUGAAAAACAUCGUCAUGCAAAUGAACAUGGGCGAAGGAAAAACAUCGGUCAUCGUACCAAUGUUGGCACUCAGUCUCUGUUCAUCAACAUCGAGUUUAGUUCGCAUCAUUGUUUUGAAAUCCUUACUGAUUAUGAAUUAUCAAUCAUUGAGAUCGAAAUUAGGCGGUCUUCUGAAUCGACGAAUUUUUCCCUUUGCCUGCCGUCGUGAUAUGGAUUUCAAUGCAUCACAAAUCGGUCAAAUCUUUCAACAUCUUCGACAAGGAUUGAACAGAAGAGAUAUUAUCUUAACUGCACCGGAAUAUAUUCUCUCCUUCGAUUUACUGACUAUCGAUAAAUGUCGACGAAAGGAAUUCCAAGUCGGCCGGUCGAUGUUAACCGUUCAGCAGUGGCUCAAACGAUUCGCUCGUGAUGUUUUGGAUGAGUCAGAUGAAAUUCUUCAUGUUAAAUAUCAACUAAUUUAUACCAUUGGCAGCCAACAACCUGUCGAUGCUGGGGCACAACGUUGGAAAACGAUUCAAUUGAUCUUAGAAUUGGUGAAGAAAAACGCUGAAGAUGUUGCGCGAAACUACAGUAAAGACAUUUCCUAUGAAAAAGCGUCACGAUCGAGUCAUUUUCCAUCCUUUCGGUUGUUGUCACAUCAACCGUUUCCAAGUCUAGCUGAAAAAAUAGCCAAUGAUUGGCUUAGUGAACAGUCCUAUCGUCAAGAAGAACGUCAACUUCUCUUAUCGUUCAUUUUAGAAACCAAUGCAUCGAUCGAAUGUCUCAACAAUCGAUUCUCACAGGAUAUUUUGCAACGAGUUCUCAUUAUUCGUGGUCUUCUUUCAUCAGAAGUGUUGUUUGUGGCAUUGACCAAACGUUAUCGCGUUAAUUUUGGUGUUAAUCCCAAUCCGAAGUUCAAUCGUCGCAUGGCCGUGCCGUUCCGUGCCAAAGAUGUCGCAGCUGAGAACACCGAAUUCGGCCAUCCGGACAUUGCCAUUGUCUUAACUCAAUUGUUCUACUACUACGAUAGUUUGACUAAUGAACAGAUGCUACAAUGUUUCCGACGUUUGAGUGACGGUGAAAAACAUCCGGAAGAAAUCUAUCACGAAUGGAUCUCUUACGAAGAUGACGAUCAUCUAGAUCCGAGUAUCAAAACAUGGGAAGGGAUCAAUUUAAAAGAUGAUCAACAGAGAACGGUUCAUCUCUUUCCAACUUUUCGAAAGAAUAUGUUAGUGAUCAAUUACUUUCUCAAUCAUUUCGUCUUUCCUCAAGAAGCGAAACAGUUUCCUCAGAAAUUAAUUUCUUCUGCUUGGGAUUUAUCAUCGGAUCGUCGAGCAAAAAUCACCACUGGUUUCAGUGGUACCAAUGACACUCAACUAUUGCUGCCGAUUCACAUUGGUCAGUGGNAACAGAGAACGGUUCAUCUCUUUCCAACUUUUCGAAAGAAUAUGUUAGUGAUCAAUUACUUUCUCAAUCAUUUCGUCUUUCCUCAAGAAGCGAAACAGUUUCCUCAGAAAUUAAUUUCUUCUGCUUGGGAUUUAUCAUCGGAUCGUCGAGCAAAAAUCACCACUGGUUUCAGUGGUACCAAUGACACUCAACUAUUGCUGCCGAUUCACAUUGGUCAGUGGGACUUGCCCAAACUCGUGAAAACCGAUGCUGUUGUUCUCAACAAUUUACUUCGACGAGAAAACGAAUUCUAUCGAUCAUUACCGAUCAGUGUCACAAUCAAAGAGAUUUUAGAACAAAUCGUCAAUGAUCGACAACGUGUUCAAGUCAUUCUUGAUGUCGGUGCACUUUUUGUCAAUGGCAGCAAUCGUCAAAUAGCAAUUCAAUGGUUAGAAAAGUCGAACAGAGCCCAGAUUGAUUACGCUGUCUAUUUUGAAUCCGACUCGCUUUACGUCUGCGAUCGACAGAAUCAGCAUCAUCCUUUCGCCACUUCUCCAGCGAGCGAACGACUUGAACGUUGUGUUUUAUAUUUGGAUGAAGUUCACACGCGAGGAACAGAUUUCAAGUUUCCCAAUGGAUUUCGAGCUGCUGUCACAUUGGGCAAUGGCUUAACCAAAGAUCGAUUUGUUCAAGCUUGCAUGAGAAUGAGAAAAUUAGGCAAAGGUCAUUCGUUAAGUUUUUACAGUUCCCAUGAAGUUGAUCAACGAAUUCGCUUGCUGAAAAAGAAGUCACGUGAACAAGAACAGAACAGGCUGACCGAUAUCCUCCGUUGGGUCUAUGAGAACACUCAACAGGCCACUUGGGACGGGCUGCAUCAUUGGGCUACGCAAAGUCUCAGUUUUCAACGAAAAAUUGCUGCUUUUCAAAAUAUUCAACGGACCAAUGAACAACAACAGUUUACCGAGCUGAUGAUGAAUCAGUUGCCUUUAGAUUGUGUCGAACCAGAAGUUUUGAAGUUACACCAGAUGUAUGGAAUGCCAAAAUCAAGGCAGAAGAUAGCAGAAAUUCAUCACUCUCGUUGUCAUUAUUUCAGCAUCAAAUUAUCGUCUGAAAUCAAUGCUGUUGUCCUGAAUCGAUUGGAAUUUUAUGGCGGAUCGAAGACACUUCUUGCCCAUUCAUUGGAUGAAGAACAAGAACGAGAAUUGGAACGAGAGGUCGAGCAAGAAGUGGAAGAAGAACGACAGCAGGAACGACCAACACCACCCGCUUCACAUGAACCGAUUUUACAUGAUGAGAUAAAAAGAUUAAGCGAUUCACAAGGUCCUAUGAUGAACUUGGCUCAGCUUUCNCUGAAUCGAUUGGAAUUUUAUGGCGGAUCGAAGACACUUCUUGCCCAUUCAUUGGAUGAAGAACAAGAACGAGAAUUGGAACGAGAGGUCGAGCAAGAAGUGGAAGAAGAACGACAGCAGGAACGACCAACACCACCCGCUUCACAUGAACCGAUUUUACAUGAUGAGAUAAAAAGAUUAAGCGAUUCACAAGGUCCUAUGAUGAACUUGGCUCAGCUUUCUUCAUCAUUUUGUCCACUUCCUCAAGCCUUUCUUGACACUACCUUCUUUUCACACAGUCAACCCUCCAGUUGGAGAAAAAAUUUCUGGAUUUCAAAGGAAUUUCAACGUGUCAUUAAAACACGAGGAGAAUCAUUAGACGCAUUUUUGCGACCUCCACGAUGGGUGAUCAUCUAUCGUAAUGAACAUGUUAUCUUCCUCAGUCCCUACGAAGCGAAUUGGUUGAUCGGUUCACUUCAGCACUCGUAUCAGAAGCUCAAAGUCACUCAACCAUCUACGACAACUCUACGCCUGCUUUUACCACGCAUGAAACGGCAUCAAUCGAUCUUAGUCAAUACACCAACUCUGUCUAUUCCUGCAUCGCUCUUCUCUAUUCCAAACAAUUACUUGGCGCAAUUAUUUGUUUUCAAUGGCACUCUCUACUUCGACAAUGCCGAAGAGCAACGAGCCUAUUGCCAUUUCUUAGGCGUCUGUCCGAAACCUCGAACAAAGGAUGAGCAGGAAGCUUUUGAGAAAGGCUGGAUAGAUAACGAUGGAUUUAUCGGAAAAUCAGAACAUCGUUGUCUUUUGCAAAUGGAUCAGUGCGGUUUCAACUCUAAUCCAUUGACCUUAGUCCGAAAAAUUCUCGAAAGUCGAUAUAGAUCUCACAUUCCCAGUAGGUCGCAUGUUGGCGCGAUUAUUCUCGAUGCAACGAAACUUUUGUCUUGA